AUGAUUGGACUGAUGGCCGGUAAUCUGCAGCGAGGGGCGUCCUUGGCUGGCGUGGUGGCCUUCGUCGGUGUGGCCACACUUGCCUCCAACAACAGGCCUGCCAUUCCCUGGCCCACAGUCGCCUGGGGACUAGGGCUGCAGCUGGGGCUGGGCGCGGUGAUCCUCUACACGGAGGUCGGCUACCUGGCGUUCCAAUGGCUGGGUGACGGGGCCGCCCACUUCCUCGCCUACUCGGACGUCGGUGCCGAGUUUGUGUUUGGGGCACACUUCACCGACCACUACAUCGCCUUCAAAGUGUUGCCGACCAUCAUCUUCUUCUCCUCAUUCAUCUCCGUGAAGUGGGGUGUGGUGGAGCGAUCAUUUAAUCCUCGUGGGUCAGUGAUGUACCACUUGGGUGUGGUGCAGGUGCUGGUCAAGGGCGUGGCAUGGGUGAUGGUGAAGACCCUCGACACUUCCGUGCAUUCGGUCAUGGCGUCGGGCUUUGCGACAGUCGCCGGUGGCGUCAUGGUGGCCUACAUGUCCUUCGGCAUCAGCCCCGUGCACCUCAUCAGUGCUUCGGUCAUGUCCGCACCGGCCGCGUUGGCCAUGUCCAAGAUCCUCUACCCCGAGACCGAAACGCCUGUCACCCAGGGCACAGUCAAGGUCACCUUCGCCGACUCACACGAAGUCAAUGUGAUCGGUGCAGCCGCGGCCGGCGCCCUGAGCGGCGGGAGGCUGGCGUGCAAUGUGCUGUGCAUUCUCGUCGCCUUUCUCGCCCUCAUCGCUCUCGUCAAUGGGCUAUUGGGGGCCAUCGGGCUCCUCCUUCACGUGCCCCAUCUCAGCGUGGAGUGGGUCUUGGGCUGGCUGAUGGCACCUGUCGCCUGGCUCCUGGGAGUCCCGUGGGGGGACUGCGUAGCGGUGGGCACCCUGCUGGGCAAGAAAACGGUGCUCAACGAGUUUGUGGCCUACCUGGACCUGCGGGAGAUGGUGGAUCAGCAGGCCAUCAGCCAGCGGGCGGAGAUCAUCGCCACCUACGCCCUCUGCGGCUUCUCCAACUUUUCGUCGAUGGGCGUACAGAUCGGCGGCAUCGGGGGCAUCUGUCCGGAACGGCAGCCAGAUCUGGCCCGGCUUGGCCUUCGCGCGCUGCUGGCGGGCUCUCUCGCCUGCUUCCUCACGGCGUGCGUCGCUGGUUUGCUCGUGUGA